AUGUUUGCAGUCGAAGGCUGGAAUCUCUCGUCUCCCGCGGUCGCACAGCAUAAUGCUCAGUCGCAUUCUAGCCGGGACGUUUCGAAUGGGCUAGCAAAGAAGCGGAAACGACAUGAACGGGACUUUGAAAACUCCAGAAAGAUUAGGCCCGGUGACUUAGGCAAGCUCUGGGAUCAGGUGACUGGCGAUAGCAUCCCUUCGAAAGCGAGUGAGCCGAAGAAUGGCACUGCCCGAACGUUGAAGAAGUCGCAUUCGGACCACCAAAGACCAGACGAGAGAACGGGCGACAGCAAUAGCAGACCAGCUAAGAAGCAAGACAAACGGCCGCCAGGGGCGAAGAAUGCGACCGCAAAGCCACAACCAGUCGAUCGAGACCAGAAGAAGAGUGCCGACGUAUCUAAAGGUGGGCAGCCUCGGAAGAAUGGAGUGUCUGUACCGACCAACAUACCUGUAUCUCAUGCAAAGAAUAUGCCACCUGCUCCUCCAGCAAACGCCAACUUGACCCCUCUCCAGGCGAAGAUGAGGUCAAAGUUGACCUCUGCUCGAUUUCGGCACCUCAACGAGACACUGUAUUCAACGGAUUCCAAGGCUGCCUUGUCGCUUUUUGCGUCCUCGCCAGAUCUGUUUGCUGAGUACCACGCAGGUUUCUCGCAGCAGGUGUCCUCAUCUUGGCCCAGAAAUCCUGUCGAUGACUUCGUGGACACCAUCAAAAGAAGGGGUCCGGCGAAUAACACCGACCAACCACUUCCGCGGCGAAAAACGCAAUCGUGUACGAUUGCAGAUCUAGGUUGUGGUGAUGCUCCUCUUGCCCGAGCACUCAUACCCUCCUUUACGAAGAAAAUGCAACUCACCAUCCACAGCUACGACCUCCAUGCGCCUAAUCAGCACGUUACUGUUGCGGAUAUUGCGAACCUACCGCUCCGUGACGGUGAGGCUGACAUCGCAAUCUUCUGCCUGUCUCUGAUGGGUAUCAACUGGGUUGAUUUUGUUGACGAGGCGUGGCGUAUUCUUCGAGGUGACGGUAAGGGUGAAGUCUGGGUUGCCGAAGUCAAGUCACGAUUUGGUCGGUCCUCUGCCUCGGCAUCAGGUGGCGGGAGGUCGCAACGCCCAGGCGAAGCGGUGGCGCAUAGCGUAGGCAAGAGACAGAAGCCGCAUCAUAAAACAAAAGUCACAAAGAGGAAGAUAGGCGAUGAGGAAGAGGCUGACGAAGCAGACCUGCCUUCCGACCUGUUCACGAGCAGCGAUAUGGUCAAAGAUCAAGCUGCUGCUGGCCACGAAGGUGAUACGCCUGAUCUUCGACCAUUCAUCGAUGUUUUCACCCGGAGAGGAUUCCAGCUGAAACCUCAAAGUGUUGAUGCAAGCAACAAGAUGUUUGUGAGCAUGAUCUUCUUGAAGUCAGGCAUUCCUACUGCAGGCAAGCAUAAGGGUAUGAAGUGGAAUGGUAAGCAGUAUGAGCGGAUUGGCAAGAAAAUGGACGAGAUGGAAAGCGAGCAGGACAGAGUAGCUGAGGGCAAGGUUCUGAAGCCGUGUGUCUACAAAUCUAGGUAA